AUCGCGGUUUCGUCCUUCUAUACAUCCCCAAGAUAUAAUGCAUUGGUUGCGUCCUUCUAUACAUCCCCAAGAUUCAAUGCAUUGGUUGCGUCCUUCUAUACAUCCCCAAGAUACAAUGCAUUGGUUGCGUCCUUCUAUACAUCCCCAAGAUACAAUGCAUCGGUUUCGUCCUUCUAUACAUCCCCAAGAUACAAUGCAUCGGUUGCGUCCUUCUAUACACCCCCAAGAUAUAAUGCAUUGGUUGCGUCCUUCUAUACAUCCCCAAGAUAUAAUGCAUUGGUUGCGUCCUUCUAUACAUCCCCAAGAUUCAAUGCAUUGGUUGCGUCCUUCUAUACAUCCCCAAGAUACAAUGCAUUGGUUGCGUCCUUCUAUACAUCCCCAAGAUACAAUGCAUCGGUUUCGUCCUUCUAUACAUCCCCAAGAUACAAUGCAUCGGUUGCGUCCUUCUAUACAUCCCCAAGAUUCAAUUCAUUGGUUGCGUCCUUCUAUACAUCCCCAAGAUACAAUGCAUCGGUUGCGUCCUUUUAUACACCCCCAAGAUAUAAUGCAUUGGUUGCGUCCUUCUAUACAUCCCCAAGAUAUAAUGCAUUGGUUGCGUCCUUCUAUACAUCCCCAAGAUUCAAUGCAUUGGUUGCGUCCUUCUAUACAUCCCCAAGAUACAAUGCAUUGGUUGCGUCCUUCUAUACAUCCCCAAGAUACAAUGCAUCGGUUGCGUCCUUCUAUACAUCCCCAAGAUUCAAUGCAUUGGUUUCGUCCUUCUAUACAUCCCCAAGAUUAAAUGCAUUGGUUGCGUCCUUCUAUACAUUCCCAAGAUUCAAUGCAUUGGUUGCGUCCUUCUAUAUAUCCCCAAGAUACAAUGCAUUGGUAGCGUCCUUAUAUACAUAUCCAAGAUUCAAUGCAUCGGUUGCGUCCUUCUAUACAUCCCCAAGAAUGCUAUUUGUUUGUUAUACGAGUAUUUCUGGAUUGUUGUAACGACGGUUAGUUAUUCUUACGUGUAAAUGUAUAUAUAUUUUUUUUUUCUGAGGGUCAAAUAAACAAGAUGUUUUUAUUUGAAGAAAUGACAGAUACAAUGAUAAAGUAUAUAUAAUA